UACUGUCGCGGAGUCAUCAUGUGUCGGUCAGUGACGAAAGAUCUCCACGAUCAUAGCGUACAGCUGAAUCGAUGGUUCUUAAAACCGAUAGGCGCGUGGCCGCGAGCUUCCGCGACUUCAAUCGGUGAGAAGACCCUGUCUCGAAUUUUAAUAUUCACCUGUUAUUCCCUGAUGAUGUUCACUGUAAUACCGAGCGCGUUGAACGUUUUUUUCGAAGAGAAAGAUACCGAGAUGAAACUGAGAGCGAUCGGUCCGCUGAGCCAUUGGCUCAUGGGCAUAUUAAACUAUUGCUCUUUGUUGCUGCGCAACGUUGAAAUACGUCAAUGCGUGCAACACAUGGAGAUGGACUGGCGGAUAAUUAGGCAACCGCGAGAUCGCGAGAUUAUGAUAAGAAACGCGAAGCUGGGCCGAUUUGUCGCAGGUUUUUGCGCAAUAUUUAUGCACAGCGGCGUGUUCGCCUACAGCCUCGUGUCUGGUACAACAAAGGUGACGGUGUCGAUCGGCGACAAUCAGAGCGUAUCGAUGCUCCAGCUACCUUGUUCCUUUUACAGCAAAAUCAUAGAUACCAGAUUCAGCCCGGCGAACGAGAUCGUUCUUGUAUUGCAGCUUGUAUCGGGUUUCAUAGUGAACUCUACCAUCGUCGGCGCUUGUAGCUUAGCUGCAGUUUUCGCUAUGCACGCGUGCGGUCAGCUCGAUAUUUUGAUUUUACGUCUGGACAUGCUCGUCGAAGGUAAAGGUGCGAAAAAGAGAGAAUCGGUUCACCAGAGGCUGGCCAAUAUUGUGGAUCAUCAUCUGCGUGUUUUAAAGUUUAUAGCGCGCAUUGAAGACGUUAUGCAUCAAAUAUGUUUGGUAGAAUUAUUGGGAUGUACAUUUAACUUAUGUAUGCUUGGAUAUUACUCCAUUACGUGGUGGAAUAAGAUUGAUAAAAAGGGAAUAAUAGCGUACAUUAUCGUGUACAUAUCCAUGAGCUUUAAUAUUUUUAUAAUGUGCUACAUAGGUGAAAUUUUAACACAACAGUGUAAAAAAGUUGGUGAAACAGCAUAUAUGACUGACUGGUAUCGUUUACCUCAUAAAACAGCCCUUGGUUUGAUCUUAAUUAUAACAAGAUCGAGUGCCGUAAUCAAAAUAACUGCUGGAAAAUUGGUUCAACUUUCAAUCGUGACUUUUAGCGACGUUAUCAAAACGUCUCUCGUUUACUUAAACAUGUUAAGAACUAUUACAACGUAAAAGCUGUAUGUAAUUUAGGAGAUUCUCAAUAUCUAUUUAUUUACAUAGUAUUUUUUAAAUAAAGGCACUCAAAUGAC